AUGGUAGAAAUUGUCAGACAGAUCCGAGGGAGAAUCAAGGAAGCUCAAGAUAGGCAAAAAUCUUACGCAGAUGUUCGCAGAACUGAUCUACAGUUAAAGGCGGGAGACAAAGUCUUUCUGAAAGUAUCCCCGUCAAAAGGGAUAACGAGAUUCGGUGUCAAAGGCAAGCUAAAGUCGCGUUUCACCGGACCCUAUGAAAUCCUGGAAGAAGUCGGUCCCGUGGCGUAUAGACUGGCGCUACUACCGAGUUUUGGAAAUCUGCACAAAAUUUUCCAUGUGUCGCAAUUCAGGAAAUACAUGUUUGACCACAAACACAUAGUCCACCAAGAAGAAAUGGUGUUAGAACCAGAUUUAAACUAUGAAGAAAAAUCAGAGGCAAUCCUGGAUCGGAAAGUGAAAGAAUCGAGGAAUAAAUCUGUUGUGACAGUGAAAGUUCUGUGGAAGUAUCACAGCUAG